CCCCCCCCGUGAGAGGCCGAGACUCGGGGGGACGGGCAGCUGCAGGCGCCGCGGGGGAAAAUGACAUCGCGGAGAUGGUUUCACCCGAAUAUUACUGGAGUGGAGGCAGAAAAUUUACUGCUGACAAGAGGCGUUGAUGGCAGCUUUCUGGCCCGGCCCAGUAAAAGUAACCCGGGAGAUUUUACACUUUCUGUUCGGCGAAAUGGAGCUGUCACGCACAUCAAGAUCCAGAACACAGGAGACUACUACGACUUGUAUGGAGGAGAAAAAUUUGCCACGUUGGCUGAGUUAGUCCAGUAUUACAUGGAACACCAUGGGCAGCUCAAAGAAAAGAAUGGAGACGUAAUAGAGUUAAAAUAUCCACUGAAUUGUGCUGAUCCUACAUCUGAAAGGUGGUUUCACGGGCACCUUUCUGGAAAAGAAGCUGAAAAGUUAUUAACAGAAAAAGGAAAACAUGGAAGCUUCCUUGUGCGAGAGAGUCAAAGCCACCCAGGAGACUUUGUUCUUUCAGUCCGGACAGGAGAUGAUAAAGGCGAGAGUAAUGAUGGGAAAUCGAAAGUGACCCAUGUCAUGAUUCGGUGCCAGGAGCUGAAAUACGAUGUUGGCGGAGGGGAGAAAUUUGACUCUCUAACAGAUCUAGUGGAACAUUAUAAGAAGAACCCCAUGGUAGAAACUUUGGGCACAGUACUACAGCUCAAGCAGCCCCUGAAUACAACCCGUAUUAAUGCUGCAGAGAUUGAAAGCCGGGUGCGAGAACUAAGCAAGCUAGCAGAGACCACAGAUAAAGUCAAGCAAGGCUUCUGGGAAGAAUUUGAGACUUUACAACAGCAAGAAUGCAAACUUCUAUAUAGUCGUAAAGAGGGUCAACGGCAAGAAAGCAAAAACAAAAAUAGAUACAAAAACAUUUUACCUUUUGAUCAUACCAGAGUUGUUCUACAUGACGGAGAUCCAAAUGAACCAGUUUCAGAUUAUAUCAAUGCUAAUAUUAUUAUGCCUGAAUUUGAAACUAAGUGCAACAAUUCAAAGCCAAAAAAAAGUUACAUUGCUACUCAAGGCUGCCUACAGAACACAGUGAAUGACUUCUGGAGAAUGGUAUUCCAGGAGAACUCUCGUGUUAUCGUUAUGACAACAAAAGAAGUCGAAAGAGGAAAGAGUAAGUGUGUCAAAUACUGGCCUGAUGAAUACGCAUUAAAGGAAUACGGGGUUAUGCGUGUUAGGAAUGUUAAGGAAAGUGCAGCUCAUGACUAUACGCUAAGAGAACUGAAACUUUCUAAAGUUGGUCAGGGGAACACUGAGAGAACAGUCUGGCAAUAUCACUUCAGAACCUGGCCUGAUCAUGGAGUACCGAGUGAUCCUGGUGGUGUCCUGGACUUCUUAGAGGAGGUCCACCACAAGCAGGAAAGCAUCGCUGAUUCAGGACCUGUUGUGGUGCAUUGCAGUGCUGGGAUUGGACGAACAGGAACUUUUAUUGUGAUUGAUAUUCUUAUUGACAUAAUCCGAGAAAAAGGCGUGGACUGUGAUAUUGAUGUUCCAAAGACCAUUCAGAUGGUGAGAUCGCAGCGGUCAGGGAUGGUUCAAACAGAAGCGCAGUACAGAUUUAUUUACAUGGCAGUACAGCACUACAUUGAAACGCUACAGCGUAGAAUUGAAGAGGAGCAGAAGAGUAAGAGGAAAGGGCAUGAAUACACAAACAUUAAAUAUUCUUUAUCGGACCAGACAAGUGGGGAUCAGAGCCCACUUCCACCAUGUACUCCGACCCCAACCUGUCCAGAAAAUGAAUAUUGUUUUUUAAAAAAGGUCAAGAAAGAGAUGGAACAAGCUUCACAUGAAGAAUGAACUUUGAAGGCUUGGUACCUUUUUAUUUAUGGUGUUUAACCCUUCAAUAAUAAGCAAAACCUAAGACCAUCUAAAGAUCAUUAUAUCCUUUCUCUCCAAUAUUUGAUUUACAAUUGCUCAUUUUUCAAAUAAAAAGGAAAUCCUCUCUACAAUGUAGAAAGAUAUUUUGUAGAAUCUUAAUUGUGAAUCCAGCCAACUGUUAGACUGGCGUUCAUCUGCUUCAAAUAGCAUUUUUGUUUCAAAAUCUGGUUAUUAGCAUUAUUUCUUAUCAGAGCAGUUGUGGGGAUUUUUUUUUUGAAUGGGGAAGCAGUGAUGUGGGUAAGUCCAUUAUAUAAAUAUAAAAUACUAAUGGGAACAAUUCUUGAUUGUUUGAAGACAGUGGAUCACCCACAUUAAAAGUCAGCUACAUGAUAAAAUUAGUCCUAAUGCAUUUCAAACUUGGUCUGAGUUUGACAGGGGUGAGCAGUUAAUCUUUGAUAUGAAGAUGUUUUUUGUGACAGCUGAUGGCUUUGAUUACUUCUCAGCUGAGUUGCUGGAUGGGCUAUUUUUGAGUAACUACAAAAAGUAGCCUUUGCAUCAGACUAGAACAUUCUAUAGAUGACCUGUACCCAAGAUACCAAUUUACAGCCAC